AUGAUUGAUUCAGGCUCCGACGAUUCAUUCAUUAGUCCUGAAGCGUUAUCCAAAAUUUAUCCACAGGCUAUUAUACAUGUAACUGAUAAAAACUUUCAAGCAAUGAACGGUACACAAGUCGAUGUAACUGGCUAUGUUAUAUUAACAGUAGAUUUUGACAAAUAUUUGUCUGAUGAAAUAAUUUAUAUAUCACCAAGAACCAACAUAGAUUUACUUUUAGGACAAACAUGGAUUAAGAAGCAUCAGGCAAUCCUUAACUGCAAAGAUCAAUGUAUUACUAUUACGACGCAUAAUGGUUCAAAGUCUAUUCCAUAUAUAUCAACGUAUGACGAUAAUAUUAAUGAUCCAUGUCAACAAUAUAAUAUUCGAUUAGUACACGAUGUUACCAUCAAACCUCGAACAAUACAACCAGUCGAUGCCUUUUGUUCAUCAAUUUUGAAUGCAGAUACAGUUCUGUUUCGUCCCCGACAACAAUUACAAGAAGAUCUUUCCAUAUUAAUUCCGAAUAGUUUAUUGAAUAUUUAUCAUCAUCGAACAACGUUAUAUAUUAUUAAUCAUACUGAUAAUGAUUGUAUAUUGAAUAAAAAUUCUAAAUUAGGUAAAAUUCGUCACGUUCCAUUAACUAAUCUCUGUUGUAGUAUCAAUGAACUAACUGAACCAACUCAAUCUGACUCUAUUAUUCCGACCAACAUUUUACAAGAUAUUAAUUUAUUGAUUCAACAUUUGAAGCCCGAACAACAAAACAUGAUUCGUCCAAUACUAUUACAAGAAUGGAAAGUCUUUGAUACUAGUAAACCAUCUCAAGCUAUAAACUUGCAAACAAAACAUCGUAUCAUAACACAAGAUUAUCCACCUAUUUAUCAACGACCAUAUCGUAUUCCUGAUUCAAUCAAGAAACAACAACAACAACUAACUGAUGAAAUGGAACGGAAUGGUCAAAUCAAUAGAUCUCAAUCACCAUGGGCAUCACCAGUAUUACUAGUUAAGAAACAUGAUGGAAGCCCGCGAUUCGUUGUUGAUUAUCGUAAGUUGAAUUCUAUCACCAUUCGAGAUAGCUAUCCACUUCCUCGAAUGGAUGAUACUAUUAACAAAUUAGCCGGUGCUAAAUAUUAUUCCAAAUUUGACUUGAAAUGUGGGUAUCAUCAGGUUCCAAUUGAUCCUCAAGACAAACAUAAAACUGCGUUCAUAACGCCUUACGGUUUAUUUGAAUUUAAUGUGUUACCGCAAGGACUCGUCAAUGGUCCCCCCAUAUUCCAAAGGAUUAUGAGUGAAGUAUUAGGAAAUUUAUUAGGUCAUCAUUGUUUAGUCUAUUUAGAUGAUAUUAUCACAUUUUCUACGAAUUUUAAUGAUCAUGUUAAAGGUGUUCAUGCUGUAUUAAAUGCACUGAACAAUCAUAACUUUAAACUUAAUCUAUCUAAAUGUGCAUUAGUAUAUGAACGAAUUGAAUAUCUUGGUCAUGAAAUUGAUCAUGCAGGUUAUCGACCAUUACAGAAUAACAUUAAAGCUGUCAUCGAUAUUCCUACACCGACAACAUAUGAUGAAGCUCAUCGAUUUUAUGGAAUGGCUAAUUACUAUCGUUCAUUUAUUAAGAAUUUUGCGAAUGUUGCUUAUCAUUUACAACGCUUUCAAGCUAAGAAAGGAGAAUUUGUUUGGAAAAUAGAACAACAAUUAGCAUUUGAUACUUUAAAGGAAAAACUAACAUCUGAACCAUGUGUUUUGAAAUUUCCAAUACCAGAUAUUCCAUUUAUAUUAGCUACAGAUGCAUCAUCGAAAAAUGGUAUCGGUGUUACAUUGAAACAGAAGCUUGGAAAAAGGGAACAUGUUAUCGUGUAUUUAUCACAAAAUUUAACUAAAGUUGAACGUAAAUGGAGUGUUACCGAACAAGAAUGCUUGGCAAUUGUUUGGGCAAUUAAAAAGUUAAGAAUUUAUUUAUAUGGUACAAAAUUUUCCGUUAUUACAGAUCAUCAUCCACUUUGCUGGCUAAAUAAGCAUAAAUCUGGAAAUGAACGAUUGUAUCGUUGGUCAUUAACAUUACAAGAAUUUGAUUUUGACAUAAAACAUAAAAGUGGUUCGUGCCAUUUAGACGCUGAUUGUUUAUCAAGAGCUAUAUCAUCGAAACAUACGAAUGAUGAUAUUAAUGAUAAUGAAUAUAAUGAAGACAAUAUUCCACUUCACAAUGAAUUUCGUCCAUCAACGAUUGAAAACGACAUUCAUAUUUCACAUAAUAACGCAGUACAAACUCGUGCCCAAAAAGCUAUUCUAGAUAAUGAAUCGAAUCGACAACGAAAUCCAAUAUUAACAUCACAAUUACAACAUCAAUCAAUACCAACAUCAGUUCAAGCACAAGAUUCACCAUCACAACCGGGUUUUAAUCAUAUGAACAUUUCACGUCAACAAUUAAAUGAUCCACUUAUCCAACAUCGAAUUUUCGAGAUACAUCAACAUCCAAGUAAGUAUCCAUUAUUUGUAGUUGAACAUAAUGUGCUUUACAAACUUAUUGAAAUAUAUCCAAGUCGAACAAAACGGAAGGUACCAUGGGUACCGAAAUGUAUGGUUAAUGAUCUGCUUUAUUCAUGUCAUACACAUCCAACAUCUGCACACUAUGGAUCAGAUAGAACUUAUUACAAACUCAAGAAUAAUUAUUACUGGCCCAAUAUGUUACAAGACGUUAAAAAUUAUGUGAAACAAUGUUUACUAUGUGCAAGAUACAAUAUAUCUCGACAGAAAGCACCUGGAUUAUUAGAAACACCGGAGCCGCCUGAUGAUAUAUUUAAUCUUAUUGGUAUCGACUUUUGGGGUCCAACACGUGAAGCUACUAGCCAUGGUAAUAAAUAUAUAAUUACUUGUACUGAUCAUCUUUCAAAAUUCGUUGUCGCUAAAGCAAUACCAGUAGCUUCAGCAACUGAAGCAGCUAAAUUCUUGGUGGAAGAUGUAAUUUUUAAAUAUGGUCAUAUUCCAAAACAUAUCUUGACGGAUCAAGGAUCGCAUUUCAAUAAUCAUUUGAUACAAGCAAUCACGAAAGACAUCGGAAUCAAUCAUAUUCUCUCAACACCGUUCCACCCACAAACAAAUGGAACAAUCGAGCGCUUUAAUGCGACGAUUAAGUCACAAUUAUGUAAAUUACAAGACUUAAAUCGAAAUAAUUGGGAUCAAUUUUUAUUAUCAACUAUUUAUGCAUAUAAUAUUGGUCAACAUCGAACUACCAAAUAUUCACCGUAUCAACUAAUAUAUGGAAAAGAACCUACGUUACCAUUUUCUACACGUCAACCUAUGCUUCAAUUUAAAAGAUCAAAUGACUACUAUUAUCAUUUUCGCAAAUAUCGUUCGUAUAUUAUCGAUCAGGUUCGGAACAACAUCCGACAACAACAACAAUUAAGCAAACAACGUUAUGACGAACAUCGACCAAAUAUUCAUUUUAAUGUAGGACAAUUAAUACUAGCCAAACCAGCUGUACGGAAUGAUAAAAUGCAAGCAAUAUUUGAAGGACCAUAUCGUGUAAUUAGUAUUCUUGGACCAGUUACAUACGAAAUUCAACUAGAACACUCGAAUUAUGUUAGACAAGUACAUGCAAAUAUAAUGAAACCAAUAUUUGAACCACAAGAUUAA